AUGGGCGUUAUCAAUCUCACCAGAGGCCGGAACGACAUUCGCGUGGUACAGGAUAUCGUCGGAUCGGAUUUGCAUGGGCUCAAGAGCGAGGCAAACACAUCGACCAGUAGCAGUGAUGGCAAAGAUGGCCACCAGAUGGAGCAGCAGGCCAGCGUCGAAACCGUGCCCGAAAAGCCGCCGCAGCGAAACUCGUAUCGAACCACCCAAGGAGCGUACAUUGGUGUGCAAAAGGCUGAAGCCGCUGCAUUGGCCUGGAGCAAGAAGUCGGCUUAUGGGACAUUCGCUUUAAUCUGGGUUUCCUUUUUCAUCCUCGCAUUGCAGUCCUCGAUUAGCACCAACGUCAUCCAAAACGCCUACGCCAACUUCGAAGCCGCUCCCCAGGUGAGCACGGCCAAUAUUCUCGCCAGCGUUGUCGGAGGCGUCCUCAAGCUCCCCAUCGCUCGUCUGCUGAACAUCUGGGGCCGCACGGAAGGCUUCCUGUUCUUCGUCGGCGUGUACAUGAUCGGAUUGAUUAUCCUCGCCACCUGCAACAACGCCAACUCCUAUGCAGCAGGCUACGUGCUCUACUGGGUCGGAUACGACGCAAUCUACCUGGUUCUCGACGUCUUUGUCGCGGAUACUUCCGGUCUGCGCAACCGUGCCUUUGCAUUCGGUUUCGCCAGUACUCCGUUCAUUGUCACCGCGUUCACUGGCCCAAUCGCAGCACAGUCCUUCCUGAAUCACUGCUCGUGGCGAUGGGCAUAUGGGGUCUUUGCGAUCAUCACGCCAUUCGUGUUCAUACCCUUAGCUGCCGUGUUCAAGUUCUACCAGCGCAAGGCAGAGAAGAUGUGCUUGUUCGUCCGGGAGCCGAAUGGCCGCACCAGGUGGGAAUCGGUGGUGCACUAUGUCAACGAGUUCGAUUUAAUCGGUGCGUUGAUCAUCAUGGCCGCCUUCAUCCUCCUCCUCCUGCCCUUCAGCCUCCAAUCCUACGGUCGUACCGAAUACAAGAGCGCUUCGUUCAUCGCCCCAAUCGUAAUCGGAUUCUGCCUAUUCUUCGUGUUUGCGUUGUGGGAGAAAUACUGUGCCCGGACGCAUUUCAUUCAGUACAGUCUGUUCAAGGAGCGAACGGUUCUGGGUGCCUGCUCCCUGUCGGCUAUUCUCUUCUUCAGCUACUACUGCUGGGACCUCUACUUCUAUAAUUUCUGCAUGGUCGUCUACGACGUCCCGGUCAGUGUGGCUGGUUACAUUGGUCAAAUCUAUAACGUCGGUUCGUGUCUGUGGUCCGCCAUCUUCGGUAUCGUCGUCUAUGUCACCAAGCAGUUCAAGUACAGUUGUCUGGGAUUCGGACUGCCGCUCAUCCUCCUUGGAUCGGGUCUUAUGAUCCACUUCCGCGAGCCCGGCCAAGGCCUCGGGUACAUGGUUAUGUGUCAGAUCUUCAUUGCUUUUGCUGGCGGAACGCUGGUCAUCGGCCAGGACAUGGCGGUGAUGGCCGCAGCCGACCGUGAGGGUGUGCCCAUGAUGCUUUCGCUGGUUGGCCUGUUCUCCAGUCUUGGUGGUGCUAUCGGAUCGGCUGUUUCCGCUUCAAUCUACUCGAAUGUCUUCCCCGAGGCGUUGCACCAGGCGCUCCCGGCCGACACCAAGUCGCAAUAUCAGGCAAUUUACAGCGGGGGCUAUGUCAAGCAGAAGCAGUACGAGGUCGGAACAAUGCAACGGACUGCCAUUGACCACGCCUGGGGCGAGUACAUGAAGUACGGCUGCAUUACGGCUGUCGCUGUGAUGUCGCUGGGGAUUCCGGCGGUUGCCGUGUGGAGGGACUACCGGGUUGAUAAGCAGCAGCAAAACAAGGGACAGGUUAUGUAG